UUGAUACAGACCUUUUUUCUCUUCAAACAAGUGAAACUCCGCUCACACGGGCUGCCCUGUGAAAACAUCGAACCAACCCUCCGGUUCCUCCUGCAUGACGCACUGAGCCCAGCCAGCCAGCCAGUCCGCUCAGUUCAGCUCAGCUCGGCACAGUCCAGAGCAACAUGCAGGAUGGCGAGUGUGGAGACAGCCGCCGAACACGAACGGAUCCUGCGGGAGAUUGAAAGCACAGACACCAACUGUAUCGGGCCGACCCUCCGGUCGGUGUACGAUGGUCGGGAACAUGGCCUCUUCAUGGAGAAGCUGGACGUGCGGAUCAGGAACCACGACCGAGAGAUCGAGAAGAUGUGUAACCACCACUUCCAGGGGUUCGUCGACUCCAUCACAGAGCUGCUCAAAGUACGAGGGGAGGCGCAGAAACUGAAGAGUCAGGUAACUGAGACCAACAGGCGUCUUCAGGAUGAUGGCAAAGAGCUCAUGGGCUCCAUGGAGGAGCUGCAACUGUGUCGAGUGCAACAGAGAAACAUCGCUACCACCAUAGACAAACUCACGCACUGCUUACCAGUCCUGGAGAUGUACAGCAGACUUCAGGAGCAGAUGAGGGCCAAAAGGUACUACCCCGCGCUGCGGACGUUGGAGCAGCUGGAGCACACGUGUCUUCCCAGGGCGGGUCAGUACCGCUUCUGCUCAAUUAUGGCGGAAAACAUCCCCAAACUGAGGAUACAGAUCCGGGACACGGCGAUGACGCAGCUGAGAGACUUCCUGGAGAGCAUCCGGAAACACUCUGACAAGAUAGGAGAGACCGCCAUCAAGCAGGCGCAGCUGCAGCGCUCCCUGGACAGCUCCGUCUCAACACAGCCGAGGGCCCUGAUUGGCAGACGCAGCCGAAAGGAGGCAGCAGCGGCGACGGACAGCGGAGGGCAUGGGGGCAGUCCAGUGUCGGAACAGGACUCUGGCAUUCUGGAUGUGGAGGAUGAAGAGGAGGACGAUGAAGUCCCAGGAGCUCAGGACUUGGUGGAUUUCUCUCCAGUUUACCGCUGUCUGCAUAUCUACACUGUGCUGGGUUUGCGUGAUGUGUUUGAGAACUACUACAGAAAGCAGAGGAGGAAACAGGCUCGCCUUGUGCUGCAGCCCCACUCUAACAUGCAUGAAACUCUGGAGGGAUACAGGCAGUACUUCAAUCAGAUUGUCGGCUUCUUUGUCGUGGAAGAUCAUGUCCUUCACACCACACAGGGUUUGGUCAACAGAGCGUACGUGGAGGAGCUUUGGGAGUUGGCGCUGUCCAAACUCAUCGCCGCCCUGAGGACGCACUCCUCGUACUGUGACAACCCUGACCUAGUGCUGGAUCUGAAGAACCUCAUUGUCCUGUUUGCUGAUACACUGCAGGGUUAUGGUUUCCCAGUGUCGCAGCUCUUUGACAUGCUGCUGGAGAUGAGGGAGCAGUACGGAGAAAUCCUGCUCAAGAAAUGGAACAUCACCUUCAGGCAGGUGUUGGACCAGGACAACUUCAGCCCAAUCCCAGUCUCAACAGAGCAGGAGUACAAACACUACACUUCCCAGUUUCCCCUGCAAGACCCCGAACUGGACAAGCUUCCCUUCCCCAAGAAGCUUCCCUUCUCCGAGUUUGUGCCAAAAGUCUACUGCCAGCUCAAAGAGUUCAUCUAUGCGUGUCUGAAAUACUCUGAAGACCUGCAUCUCAGUUCCACGGAGGUAGACGAUAUGAUCCGCAAGUCGACAAAUGUGUUGUUGACCAGAACACUCAGCCACUGUCUGCACUACGCCAUUAAGAAGAAGAAUGUCGGGCUGGCAGAGUUGGUGCAGGUGAUCAUAAACACCACCCACCUGGAGCAGUGCUGCCACUUCCUGGAGGAGUUCAUAUCAAACAUCACAAAUGUUCCGCCUGACACAGCAAACGCUACCAAGCUAUACGGGACCUCCACCUUUAAGGACGCUCGCCACGCGGCCGAGGAGGAGAUCUACACCAACCUGAACGCCAAGAUCGACCAGUUCCUGCAGCUGGCUGACUACGAUUGGAUGGCCGCGGGGCAGGGAGGCGGGACUCUGGAAGCCAGCGACUACCUGGUUGACCUGAUCGCUUUCCUGAAGAGCACCUUCAGUGUCUUCACCAACCUGCCUGGAACGCCCGUACAACACGCUACCUUACCGGGUAAAGUGGCCCAGACGGCCUGCAUGUCGGCCUGUAAACACAUCUCCACCUCCCUGAUGCAGCUCCUGCUCGACCCAGAGGUCCGACAGAUCUCCGUGGGAGCGCUGCACCAGCUCAACACCGACGUCAAGGAGUGUGAGGGUUUUGCCAGAGCCGGCCCGGUCGCAGGCUUCCAGGGUGACACGUUGCUUCUGGCCUUCAGUGACUUGAGACAAUUACUGGAACUGUUCACCCAGUGGGAUUGGACAACCUACCUGGCUGACUACGGAAAACCAACCUGCAAAUACCUGAGAGUCAGCCCGCACACGGCACUGGCCCUGCUAGAGAAGUUAUUUAAGCCGAUGAGGGAGACGAGCAGAAAAAACAACGUCUUUGCCCAGUUCAGGAAGACGGACAGAGACCGACAGAAACUCAUCGACACCAUCAUCAAACAGCUACGCAACCUCAUCGCACAGCACCACGCCUAGAGCGGGCCGCCUGAUUGGCCAGGAGGCCUGAAGCCACACAUCUUCAAUUGGCUGAAUUCAACCAUCAACGCAGCCCUGAUGAAAAGCAGACUCCCAUCGAUCUGUUUCAACCCUGCAACUAUUGGCUGAUCCAUGCACCUUAACUUCGCUGGACUCCACUGAACUUCCCACAACUGCAGACAGUUCCCAUCGGUCAUCUUCAACGCCCAACAACAACCAGUGUAAACCUGCAACAAGCUCAUUGGAUAAACAAGGUCACACCGUUUGAUUUCACUGGUUGACCUAAGCCACUGUUUUCCCGGACUACCAAGCAUAACUGUUGAGGCUACAACACGCGUUUCUGGCAGCGCGGGUUGCACUUGAACUUCAUCUGUCGGACUGAAACACUGGCAGGUUAUCAGGCCUCAACUAAGCUCAUCCUGUUGGUUACUUCCUGCCCAGUCUCUAAACCGAGUAGUCUGAUUAGCUGAAGACAAGAAGAGAAAGAAGCUCUCUGUUAUCUUAUCGGUCUAUUUGUGAGAUUUGUGACCUGUGGAGAACAAGAAAGUAGAGCAAAUAAAAGUAGAAUAACAAGGAAUUACGUGGUACCAGCUAAGAAAAUAGCAAAAUAAAUGACAAGCAGUUCAGACUCUAAAAGCAAACGUUCACAUUAAGAUGACGUGGCAAGGAGAAAAACUAGGAAGAACAGUGAGUUUCUCUUCUUCAGUUCCAGUUACUGGAUGCUGUAGACAUAUUGGUAGCUGUACAGGGUGGGAACAUGUUAAUUUUGGCUGUGAUGAACAGUAGAUUCCUAGAAUCUAUGACGUCUCUUUUUUGUUUUUUGUUUUUGUAGGACCUCCAUUUUGAUAGAUUUUAUUCUUUGUACCACAAUCUUCCCAUUUCCCUUUCCUAAAAUCUAAGUGGCUGGUCUCAUCCCCGUUUAUUUAGUUUCUCCUUGCCCCAUACGACUUUUAAUGUCUUCCACAUUGCUCUCCUUCACUGUGGCACAAUGAACGAAUUUAUUGAAUGUACAUCAGAGAGGAUGAUUUCAUAUUACAGCUAGAAAAGCACUGAAAUCAACAUUAGGUCUAAUAGGUAUUAGUGACGAAUGAACAGAAUGUUCCUCCAGUAUUGUCUAAUGAAGGGGGAUACGCACGCAACAUGGCAACCUUUUCCCCUCUUAACAUACAACCUGUGAACACUUGAAUGCUCAGAUCUGAUAACCGUAUCCCCUCUUCUUAACGCCUGAAAGCACAGUGAGUGUUUGGGAUUUUAAACGGGGGGGAUGUUGUCUAAACAUGGCAACCCAUUUCUCCACUUUCAUUAUCCUGUUGCCCGAGCAUUUUCUACUCUUCAUGUAUAAAUAACUGGGUCUUAAGGAGGGGCAUAAUGCCUCAAUCAGGCAACUGCCAUAAAGUAUAUAGUUUUGUUUGCCCAGUUGCCUAGAAAGAGACUAAUUUGUAUAGAAAGCAUUGUACUAAUGCCAAGCACACACACUUUUAUGUCUUCCAUAAACAUAUGCCAAGCAGUGUGUGUGUGUGUGUGUGUGUGUGUGUGUGUGUGUGUUCAUUCUUUGGCGACUUGUACACACAGCACAUAAUGACAUUUACACUAGAUUAUUUUUUUUUUUUUUGGAGCUAAUAUGGGUCUCUUUUCGCUCUUUGUGUUGCUUUUGAACUUGGGUGCAAUAAUAGCAUUGGAAACUACAGCAUUUUGUGUGUUUGUGUGUGUUAAUCAUGGCGCUUUAUAAAGGGAUGCAAACCUACAGGCCCCAUCAGAAGGGAAUUUAAGUCUUCCACUUCCUUUCGAUCAGUUGCCAUGUUUGAUUUACUGAGCAACAUCAUGUGUGUUUGUGUUCACUCGUGCAUGCCGGCACUGUGAAAUUGUGCGCAUUUAUGUAUUUGUGUGUGUGUGCGUUUGUUAUUCAUCCAUCCUUGGCUGUGUGUUAUUUUUAGGUGUUAGUAAGGGACUGGGGCCGUCGUUUAUGAAUGUGCCUUUGCUGUAUUCGGUGUGCAUUUUCCUGCCAAUAAAGCAGCAACACUGGUGUUUGGAGGCUGGACGUUGAACAUGAAUGAAUUGUUGGAUGUCUGAAAAAACAAAAGUCUUAACUCAAAGUCCAUUUACUAGCUUUAUCCAGAGUUUUCAACCUCAUGUCAUACUCUCCUGGAGGUCUAUUUGUUACUUUACCUUUUCUGUGACACAAAUUAAAAUGCUAUGCGCUGUUGUUAGAUUUUUUUUCAAGUAGUAGUCUGUAGUAACGCUCAUUUUCAGACUUGAAAUAAUGACUGGUCAUAAUUUACAACCUGAAAUGUCUUUUUUUUUUUUAAAUUAGACAUGUUUUCUUGUAAAAGUAAGGUCUGUAUCGCCUAAUUUACAAGGAAACAGUCUCAUAAUUUAGAUAUUUUUUCUCGUAACUAAUAUAUCUCAAUUUUGAGGGAAAAGUCUCAUGCAAAUGCCAUGCACAUUUGUUAAGAAACACUGAGACACAACCAAAAAUGUCUCAAAUUUAAACAUAUCCACAUCUGGGUUAUUUGAUCUAUUUCAGUUUGUAGAAAUAACAAGUUUUGUAAAUGGUCUCAUUCAGAUAUUUUAGUUUUAGCUGCGUAGUUGUCCAAAAUCCUGCAGUCUGAAUUGCCCAUUGCCUUAUUUUUGUGCUUGGGAACACCGUGGCAGUAAUGAGCAAAGUAACUGAACUUUUCCGUGUUCGAUCCACCACUCUAACAUUGAUAGUCCUGCAUGUUCGUCUGUGUCCAGAGUCCUCACACUGCAGGUGUUGCUGCUACUUGUUUUGUAUUUUGAAAGCAGAAAUCUUUACUGAGACAGAAGCACUGUACACACUAUUGUAUUCAACCACUAAUGAAUGAAAAUAAAGUAAAAUACUAAUACAGUUGCGACAAAUAUUAAAUAAAUGUAAAACUGUUGAGAA